AUGUACGGCAGGAGGUGGUGGGACUUCUAUGAAGAGGGCACUAGGGAAGAUGGAGGAAGGAGGAGGCCGGGGGACCCAAAGAAAGGGAUUUGUGAGAAGGUGCUGAGAUGCGUGUAUAUCAAUGCUAGGAGCUUGGGUAAUAAGCAGGAAGAGCUUGAGGCUCCCCUGGCAAUAGAAGGGUAUGACCUGGUGGGGAUCACAGAAACUUGGCCCUGCAGCUCCGGCGUUCCUUAUCCCGCCGAGAGCCGCAGGGCAGCCUGGGCGACGCCGGCAGCGCCUCCCCCCUGGCCAAACAGGCUCCCGGGGCGCACGGGCUUGGCGGGGCUUGGCUCCCGCGCCGAAGAGCGCCCUCGGCGGAACGGGGCGGCGGCGGCUUCCAGGGCGCUAGGCGGCGCCUCCUCCCGGGCCGGCCGCGGCCAUUUUCUCGCCUGCCUCGCCUGCCCCGUGCAGCAGCUGGUGCGCCGGCGAGAGCGCCUGGAGCACCGGCCGCGGGAGGCAGCGAGGGCGGCGGAGCCGAGGCGGCGGGCGAGCGGCCACGCAGAACCAGACAAGCAUGAUAUACUUUUACAGGAACUCAGAGAAAUGAAGGCAGAUUUUAAAGAUAUGAUAGAGGAUAUGAAGAAUGAUAUGAAGAAAUUAAAUAUCAAAAUAGACCUUGGACUGGGCUAAAUCUAUUCUUCCAGAUGUUCCUUUUACAAGAGAUGAUAUUGUUGCAAUACGUAGAUUUGGCUGAAGAAAACCUGGAAGAAAAACGCUGAAACACACAGUGGUUCAAUUUUGGUCAUAUGCAAAAAAAAAAAAAAAAAACCUGAUGCAGAAGUUACGUGAUAGGACAUCAAUUAUGUUCAAACGAUACCAGAUUCAAGUUUUUCCUGAUUUAUGUAAUGAAAAUGGAGGAGAGAUAUGUUCCAAGUUUGUCAAAUAUUAAAGAAAAAAUCCAUUAAAUACAGCUGGGGGUUUCCGAUUUUAUUUGAGGUUUGAAGAUACUACAGAGUUGAUACAAAGGAGGAAGUACUGGAGUUACUAAAGGAGCUUCGGAUUAUUGAUGAUGAUGAAUAUAUAGUGCAAAUGCAGAAAUUAAUGGAUAUGCCUACAUUCUCAAGAAGGGAGAUAGAGAAGAAGAAAAAAGACUGGUCAGUGGAGAAGAAGUUGGAUAAGGCAACAGAAUGUUCAGGCUCUCCGUAGAAACAGAAAGACGACGAGAGAUAGAAGGAAGUAAAAAGAGACAAGAAAAUCUUUAUGGAAUAGAUAUCGAAAAUAUAUUGUACUCUGUAGUGUUGUAGUUAUUGAAUCUUUUUUAAAGUAAGUAUUGAUAACUGAGAAAUAUAAUGAAAUUUGGUUAUAGAAUAAAAGGGUAUACAUGGUCGGGAAGGGUGGAGUGGGUGUCUGGGGUCCAUGUAGGGUGGCUCCUCUCCCCCUCAGAAGCCCGAAGUGGCGGGAUGGAGGAAACGCUCCAGAAGAUGGGAAGGGGGGUCCCUAUAUAUGAAUGUGGUGGGGGUAGACAAUACAGUGCAAUUUUUCACAAUCCCCCUGAAUUCGUGUCACUCUGGACUGUUCUGAUGAAUUAAAUUGGAAAUGCCAGACCCCUAAGGCUAUGGCAGCCUACUUCGCAGUUUUCAGCCUGAAGGAAUGCUUUACUUCAUGGUCUAGCAGGGCCCUUCAGUUUGCCCAUCAGCUGGUAGCACCUGAACAGUACAGAUCAUCUAUUCUAUCGUGGGAUGUGAGGUAAUUUCAAUUAUUUCUAAAUUUGCAUCUGCCCAUAUAAAGUACAAUCCUAAGCAUGUUUAGACAAAAAAGGCCUAUAGCACCCAGUAAGCCAGAGGGCAUGUUGGGAGUAAAAGGCUGUUUUGCUGUCUAGAUAUGCAUAGGAUUACAUCCUUAGCUUCUGAAGAUCCAUAGCCCUUUCCCAGCCUCUUUUCUGGUAACACAUUAUCCCGGCAUUAGUGGUUAGGUGGAGUCAGGUUCAGGGCUGGUCUCUGGUGGGGCCUUCAAAGAUGCUCAAGAGUGUCAUGUGCAUAUACUGGUUCUGUAUUAAAUCCUGUUUCAUUCAGUGGAGCUUACAUCCAAGAACAUGCAUGUAAGAUGGCAGCCUUGAGAUACCUGGUUCUUAGUUCGGUUUACUUCAUAUUAAACAUCAAAAUAUGAAA